AACAAUUAAAGUGAAGUUUAUUUUUUAUUGCAACAAUUAAUUCAUAUAUUAAGAUGUCUUAUCGAGAAUUGAGAAAUUUCACUGAAAUGUUGAGAGCAUUGGGUUAUCCAAGGCUUGUAUCGCUGGAGAACUUCCGAAAUCCAAACUUUCCAUUAGUGGCUGAAAUUCUACAGUGGCUUAUGAUUAGAUUUGAUCCAUCAAUUGAAAUAUUUGGUGACAUCGACACAGAACAAGAUCGGGUUAUCUUCAUUAGAUCCUGCGCUCAAACAAUGGCAACAAAAGCUCAAAUCAAUUUGAAUACAAAAAAGCUAUAUAUGGCUGACGGACACGCCGUACAAGAACUGCUUAAAAUAUCACAGCUAUUAUAUGAUGCGUCCAAACAAUCGGAUCCAAUGAAUAGCGAAGAAAUUGAUGUUUCAGACAAUGGUUUAUCCGAAUCAACAAUACAUUCAAAGUUAAAUGAGCUGAAAGUGUCGCGUCAACUGACAUCAGAGAUCACCCAAAGAGGUGCCAAUUUGUAUGACUUACUCGCACAGGAGAUUCAAAUCAGAGAACAAAGGACUUCAGUGAUGGCCCGACAGUUGGAAAUACCGGAAAUUGAACGAAGUAUUAGAGAAUCGAUACGAGAUCUACAGAACGAGAUCGAGAAUAUCAACUAUAAGAUCGAUAACGUGGCCGCAGAUGAAGCAAAUCUGGACGUCAAGAUCGAGAGGAAAAAAGCAGAAUUAGAUAGAAAUCAAAAGAGAUUACAAACACUUCGUUCCGUUCGACCGGCGUUUAUGGAUGAAUACGAGAAACUGGAAGAAGAGUUGGCCUCCAUUUACGAACUCUAUAUAACAAAAUUUAGAUGUCUUUCCUUUUUGGAGCAACAGUUGGAGGAAAUCGAAGAAACGGAACGACAAAAGAUUCAUCAAAGAGAAGAGCAAAUCAAACAAAUGGUGGAACAGAUGAAACAGGAAGAGCUGUUGAGGACAGAGACAGAGACCGGUUCUGUAGACGACAUAAUCGACGGCAACGACGACGAGGGGAGCGAUGAAAUCGACGACAAUUUGGGUCCACAGAAGGAGAAGUCGAGGCGAGCCAUGAAUACAGUGACGGUUAAUAAAAGAAGCGCCACAACCGGAAGGGUUAGAAUGUUUGGAUCACUUCUCGAUGAGGAGAAAGACGACAGUUUGGACUCAGAUUUGGAUUUAGACGAAGAGGACGACGCCUCCGAUCUGGACAGUGAGGAUGAGAUGGAAAUUAUGAAUUUGACAAACAAUAGGAAAGUCGACUCAAAGAAACUCAACGAAGAGACACAGAAACCAAUCGCUAAUUCAAACGAUAGCGACAAUGACUUCUAG